AUGACAUUAGUUAUCUAUGAGAUUGCAGACAAUGUAGAAGGUCACGACCCCGACACAGAGAAGGAAGACACUGACGCAGAGAGACGCCUAGAAGCACAUCACACAGGGUGUUUCUACUUCAGCUCCAGUUUUUACUGCAUGUCUAAGGAGACGAAGAGCUGGGAGGAGAGCAGACAGAACUGCAGUUCGAGAGGAGCAGACCUGGUGAUCAUAAACAGCAAAGAGGAACAUGAGUUCAUCGGUCAGCAGCUGGGCGGCUCUCAGGCUUGGAUUGGUCUGAGUGACAGAGAUAGAGAGGGAGAGUGGAAAUGGGUGGACGGUACACCACUGACCACUGAGUAUUGGGGUCCGGGGGAACCGGGUAAUACAGGUGAUGAAGACUGUGCUGAGAUUUACAAUACAGAUAAGGUUGUCUGGAACGACAUGAAAUGCUCUGAUAAACGACACUGGAUCUGUGAGAAACGUCUUUCUCAGUGACGAGUAUCAUUUUAUAAUAAAAAGCGCUUAUACACAAAUUGAACCAAAUAUAUAAAAAAUAUAAAAGACAGUAUUUUGAUGAUAAUUGUGUCUCAGUGUAUGUUCUUGUUUUCUCAGAGUGAACUCAGUAAUCAGUCAGUGACACAAAGUGCACAGAGACUGUUCAUGUUUUUUACUGUAACUCAUAGAUGUAUAUUUCUUAUGAUUCUGAUGCAGUAACUCUGUAGAUCUGUGAUGAUGAACGCAGUAUAAUUGAGAUAAUUGUAUCUGAAGAGUCCAUCUCAGUGUCUCUGACUCUGUUAAAUCAGCAUAAGCCUGAGCUCAAGCAAGAUUGGAUUGAGGUUUAUUAUACUGUUUUUGAUCCUAGAGUGAGGGACAUGAUGUGAAAUGACUGUAAAGGGGUUGAUUCCUGGUUUGCAGGUACUUUUCUGCUCAAACGGUUAAGCUGAAUAGAGUUUAUGUUAAAAACAACAUUUAAAUAAAUCUGUACAGAGCA